GGAGGCGAACGGGUGGACGAGACAUCACCGAGGAAUUUCUUCGCUAUCAAAAAAAUAGCCUUUUUUUUCCCACGAGUAGACGGAAGAUUUUAAACUCGGAGAAGACAAAACACAACGCUCGGUUUUUAAAAAAAAAAGUCUAAACGUUUCUCCUUUUUUUUUUUUUCCUCCGCUUUUGCCUGUCAGUUAAAAAAAAAAAAAAAAAAAAGGGCGUGUGUGCGGAGUGAAGGCAGUUUUUUUUUUAACCAUUUAAUGUGGGUAUAUAUGGUGUUUUAAAUACAUUUUUUUUGUAAACCGUCUGGGUCUGACGGACUUGAGUCGAAGAUGGGAUGCACACUGAGCACAGAGGACAAGGCGGCGGUGGAGCGCAGUAAAAUGAUCGACAGGAAUCUGCGGGACGACGGGGAGAAGGCAGCCAGGGAGGUCAAGCUGCUGCUGCUCGGUGCUGGAGAGUCGGGGAAAAGUACAAUCGUCAAGCAGAUGAAGAUCAUCCACGAGGCAGGCUACUCAGAAGAGGAAUGUAAGCAGUACAAGGCUGUGGUCUACAGCAACACCAUACAGUCCAUCAUCGCCAUCAUCAGAGCCAUGGGACGCCUCAAGAUCGACUUCGGAGAUGCUGCAAGAGCUGACGAUGCACGGCAGCUGUUUGUGCUGGCGGGCUCUGCAGAGGAAGGCUUCAUGACGGGAGAGCUGGCCGGCGUCAUCAAGCGGCUGUGGAAGGACGGAGGCGUUCAGGCCUGCUUCAGCCGCUCGCGAGAAUAUCAACUCAACGACUCGGCAGCAUACUACUUGAACGAUUUGGACAGGAUAUCCCAGGCCACCUACAUCCCGACCCAGCAGGAUGUCCUGAGGACCCGAGUCAAAACCACGGGCAUUGUGGAGACACACUUCACAUUCAAGGACCUGCACUUCAAAAUGUUUGAUGUCGGCGGUCAGCGGUCCGAGAGGAAGAAGUGGAUCCAUUGCUUCGAGGGUGUGACCGCCAUCAUCUUCUGCGUGGCCCUCAGCGACUAUGACCUGGUGCUGGCUGAGGACGAGGAGAUGAACCGAAUGCACGAGAGUAUGAAGCUUUUCGACAGCAUCUGUAACAACAAGUGGUUCACGGACACCUCCAUCAUCCUCUUCCUCAACAAGAAGGACCUGUUUGAGGAGAAGAUCAAGAAGAGUCCUCUUACCAUCUGCUACCCAGAAUAUGCUGGCUCCAACACGUACGAGGAAGCAGCUGCCUACAUUCAGUGUCAGUUCGAGGACCUGAACAAGAGGAAGGACACCAAGGAGAUCUACACCCACUUCACCUGCGCCACAGACACCAAGAAUGUGCAGUUCGUCUUCGACGCCGUCACCGACGUUAUCAUCAAGAACAACCUGAAAGACUGUGGGCUCUUCUGAGGGGGGUGACGACGAAAAAUUAGAACGUUUUUUUCUUGACAGUGGGGCCACUUUAUGGAGCAUCUUCAGCAGAGAAGCUGCAGAGAAGUCGAGAGGAUCAGUCAUGGACCAGUGCUGUACUAUACGCCACUUUUAACAGCUUUAUUUAUGUUUUUCUUUUUGUCUUGGAACAUUCUGAUAGCGUUAUGACAUUUGUGUAGGAUGUUUGUAUCAUCGUAAAGGCGUCAAAUGUUCCGCACACAUUUAAAAAAAAAAAAAAGAAAUACUUACUUUCUUUUUUGUUUUAAUUAUUUUUUUUAAGAGAUCACGUUUUUUGCUGUUCCUUCUACCGCUGUCUCUGGAAAAGGACAUUUUUGCUGUUGGUGGAAAAAAUGCUUCUUUUCUUCCCUCCCUGCAACCAAACAAAGGGAAGAAAAGGGGUCCAACUUUGAGUCCAGUUUGUUGGUACUUGUGCCUUCGCAUGCCUUUUUACUGCGGUCGUAGUCCCAAUGCUUGUUCUGUUGCCUGCUGACUUGUUCUAAACAUUAAGAGGUAUACUGUUUUCAUAUGUUAAGUGUUCCUGCUAUCUUCUAUGUGCACAUCACUGAGCUAUCAGGAGGAGGAGGAGGAGGAAGGAUUCACUCUGGUCUAAAAGGUACAUGGGUCUUCAUGGUGACCAACAUGUAGCCUCCACAGUCCCCUACCCCCCCCCCCCACCCAACCCCACCCCACCCGCCAUGACAAUGGAAGGCCUACUGGCCGAUCACACAGUACAAUACUGAGAUGUAUAUUAUGACGUUCACCCCAACGAUCUGGGGUUCUGGUUUUUAAAGUGUACAAAAAUAUCCAUUCUUCCCAAACAUUCGGAAAAUGGCGAGCUGAUGCGCUGAGCUUGUAAUACGUUCAAGUGUUCAAAGUACAAAGACCAGAGUAAGGCGCAUCUUCAUGUAUAUUUUAAUGUAUUUACGAGGAGAGGUUAAGGAGAGAAUAAACUGAACCACGGAGAAGACGGUUGUUAAGGCGAGGAUGUAGGAUGAAUUGUUUGAAGGUUCAGAUGUGUUCUUGGAUCAUGUUCAGUGAUGGUUUGGUGAUCCAUGAAGCGUUUCAUUCAGGAGAAGGUCAAGGGAGCCUGGUCUGUUGUUUUUUUUAAUUUUUUUUAGAUCAGUACUACUUGGCCAAGAGGAGUGAUUAAUACGAUCCUGGAUCUGUUCAUAAAACGAAAAAAAAACUGCCACAACUGUCAAUGUACGUGUAUGUUCUCCACAGAUGGAGAAUCUUUGUAAACUCAUCUCCCUUAUUUUGCUAAUAAAAACCAUUUACAAACCA